AAAGGAGGAAGAGGGAUGCAGGGAGAGCACACCUUACCUCCCUCCUCUUUCUUCCUCCCAGUCUCUGUCUCUCCCUCUUCACUCCACAGCGACAGCAGCACUCACCAGCACAUCACAACACAGCACUGCUAUCACUGGCACGCUAACACACACACACACACACACGCACACAUACACACGCACACAGUGAGCGGCAUCCUCAACACAGACCGAGACGCCCUUGGACUGCUGCAGGCGAGGAUGAGGGUGUGGUCAUGGCAUCAGUGCGGGGAGACAGGCGUGGUCCUGCUGGGCUUCCUGACGCUGGCCCUGUCUCUGGGGAACCUGUCCACCAGGGGGCCGCAGGAGGAGGGCGUGGGAUCCAACAGUCUGGAGGACGAGCUGGAGGUGACCACGUACUGGUGGGGGGAGUGGGCCAAGUGGACGGCCUGCACCCGUACCUGUGGAGGGGGAGUGAUGUCACAGGAGAGACACUGUCUCAAACAGAGAAAGAAAGCUGCUGCUGGGAAGGACAACAUGACCUGUACAGGAACCGCUAAGAAAUAUCAUCUCUGCAACACUAAAGAAUGUCCUGCCGCUGGGCGGAGCUUCAGAGAGGAGCAGUGCUGGUCCUUCAACUCCCAGCUGUACAGUGGGAGGAGCUACCAGUGGAAGCCCCUGUAUCCUGAUGACUACGUUCAUAUCUCUAGUAACCCCUGUGACCUCCACUGCACCACGACCGAUGGUCAGAGGCAGCUGAUGGUGACGGCACGAGAUGGCACUUCCUGCAAGUACAGUAGCUACCGCGGUGUCUGCGUGGACGGUAAGUGUGAGCCCAUCGGAUGUGACGGGGUGCUGUUUUCCUCCAACACCUUGGAUAAGUGUGGGGUGUGUCAGGGGGACGGCAGCAGCUGCAGCAGAGUCACUGGAAACUUCCGCCGUGGGGCCUCUACUCUGGGUUAUUCCUUUAUCACUCAAAUCCCCGAAGGAUCAUGGGACAUCCAGAUCAUUGAGAGGAAGAAGUCGGCCGAUGUCCUAGCUGUGACUGACCAGGCAGGCAAUUUCUUCUUUAAUGGUGCCUACAAGGUGGACAGCCCCCAGAACUUCCAUGCUGCAGGCACCAUCUUCAAGUACCGCCGGCCCAUGGACGUGUACGAGACCGGGAUCGAGUACAUUGUUGCCAAAGGCCCCAUCGACCAGGCCAUCAACAUUCUGGUGUGGAAUCAGAAUGGUCGCACGCCGUAUGUCACCUAUGAAUACACCGUCCUCCGGGACUCCGUGCCACCCGUCCCGCCUCCCCCAGUCUACACCGGAUCAGACACCUCAGCAGGAGAGGUUUCUGUGGAGGUGGGGCGUCUGCUAGCCCCUAACUGUAGUAUCUAUGAUCAGACGGCCCCUCGGGGCCAGCCGGAACCAGGAGGUGCGGACGGACAGAAGGGCCAAGAGACCAACGAAGUGUACGAGGAGACAGCGGCCAUCGACUGUGACCAGGAUGGAGCAGCUGGCCCACAGUUUACAGGAAACAGCAGCCGUACAGGCAGCACGGCCAAGCCUGACCCUGCUGCUGGACCCCCAGAUACAGGACCAGACUCCCCGAACCUCAUCUGGAGGGUCCUGCUGGACGGCCGGAUGAGCCCCGAUGAGCUGCUUAUUAACAUCUCGACCAAUCAGCUGCUGACAGAUGGAGACAGUUUGUUCUUGUCAGAGGUGGACCUGAGCAGCCUGGUGCGAGACAGCCUGAACGAGACGCUGGAGUUCACUAUGGCCCGCAAACGCAAUGACAGCGAAGACAUUUUCUACCAGAACAAAACAGUGCAGAGCGGUGGGAGGACCUCAAAUCGCUCCAACAGAACCAGGGGGAAUCAGAGGCUCUACCAGAAGAACCUAAAGCUGAGUGCUGCUGAUAUGUAUCGCUGGAAGCUUUCCUCUCAGGAGCCCUGCAGCAUGACCUGCUCUAUAGGAGUGUCCAAGGCCUUCGUCACGUGUGUUCGUUAUGACGGCGUCGAGGUGCAUGAUAUGUACUGUGAUGCCCUGACCAGACCGGAGCCGGUCCACGACUUCUGCAUUGGCAGAGAAUGUCAGCCCAGAUGGGAGGCGAGCAGCUGGAGCGAGUGUUCCAGGACCUGCGGGGAAGGUUUCCAGUUUCGUCAGGUUCGCUGCUGGAAGAUGCUCUCGCCGGGCCUGGACAGCUCAGUGUACAGUGACCUCUGCGCCAUGGUGGACCUAGAGAGGCCCGUGGAGAGACGAGCCUGCAAAAGCCCCGCCUGUGGCCCCCAGUGGGAGGUGGCCGAGUGGACCGAGUGUCCUGCUAAAUGUGGCCUCAAAGCCCAGGUGACCCGCGACGUGCGCUGCUCUGACGAGACCAGACCCUGUGAUCCGAUGACCAAACCGCCCAACAUGAAAAACUGCACUGGUCCACCCUGCGAACGCCAUUGGACUGUGUCUGAGUGGGGGCCAUGUUCAGGGGUGUGCGGCCACGGGAAGACGGUGCGUCAUGUGUACUGUAAGACUCCGGAGGGUCGUGUGGUUCCUGAGAACCAGUGCUCUAUGGAGAACAAGCCCCUGGCCAUCCACCCCUGUGGGGACAGAGACUGUGCUCCACACUGGCUGAGCCAAGACUGGCAGAGGUGUAACACCACCUGUGGGCGUGGCGUGAAGCGGAGGAUCGUCCUGUGUGUCGGCAUCAGUGGAGGAAAGCUCCAGAUCUUUGACGACGAAGCAUGUGGAGGCAGUGAGAAGCCUGAGGAGGAGAACACGUGCUUUGAGAGGCCGUGCUUCAAAUGGUACACCACCCCCUGGUCUGAGUGCACUAAGACAUGUGGGGUGGGUGUGAGGAUGAGGGACGUCAAGUGUUACCAGGGCAGACAGCUGGUCCGAGGCUGUGACCCCCUCACCAAGCCGGUGGCCAAACAGACGUGCACUCUGCAGGCCUGCCCCACUGAGCCGCCAGAUGAGAGCUGCCAGGAUCGUCCCUCCACCAACUGCCUGCUGGCCCUGAAGGUGAACCUGUGCAGCCACUGGUACUACAGCAAGGCCUGCUGCCACUCCUGCCGCGCCGUACGACCUCCACCUUCCUAGUAGAGGACGCCACAUCCCCCAACCCGACUCUUAACUCCAGCAUGAGGAAGCACGUAUGUUUGCUUGUACAGCUGUUACUGUGAGCAACGACAGGAAGCUAAAAGUCAGAGCUGGAAGUGCAGAACAUCCUCCAGUGGCUUGGAUUCAUGUUGGUCCAUUUGUCUUAUCAACACAAAACACAACAAACAUCCUGUCAGUCCAACCAAAACACUUUCUUUGUCACAUUUCUUUUCCAGUUUAUUUUAUAAGUUCUCUCUCAUUUCUGGUUUAUCUGGGUUGGGUAAAAAGUACAUGUGCAAUGAAAGACUGUGAGGCCACUGCAAAGUAAGCCUGAGACCUUGUGUGCACCGAUCGUUCUCUCUUUUUUCAUUUGCCUGUUACAGUUUUUUGGUGCCAACUGAGUCCGGCUGGCUCUUCCCCUCACAAUCCUCCUCAUUCUGAUGAUGAUAUCUCCACCACAAGCCCUGCAUGUCACAGUCUAAUGGCCUUACAAACCGACCUGCUCUUGUGUUCAUCGCUGCAGUGAAAUGAUUCAUUAAAUUAUUUCUCAACUGAAUAUACUGCAUGACUAGAAUAUUUAAUACUGUUUAUGAAGUCUUAUUUAAUUGUGUUUCGGGUUGGCGUCUGGUGUGGCCCAACAGGAAGUAAAAGGUUUAUAUUUCUCUUCCGCACGCUGCCAUUUGGCACCAUGCUGGCACGCCUGCAGGACGUGGAAGCAUAUUUAUUAGUCAUAGCACAUUUUCAUUUAUCAUGACACCCCUGACGCCAGCCGACGGGCACUCGUCGGGUCAACUGAUGCCAGUUCUGCUCUGUGUGUGACAGAUACAAACA